AGGUGGUGGCGGCGGCGGCAGCGGCGCCGGGGGGUCCCAGACGUGGCGGGCACAGACCGCGGCAGCGGCCCCCGGGGACACGGCGAGGAGACCGGCGGCUCCCCUCGGCCGCUGCCCGGAGCCUGCGGCUUAAAUAGAGGCUGUGUUUUGUCAACAGCUCAUUCUGCUGGCCGGCAGGUUGGUUGGUUCAAGGGCUGAUUAGCGGGUACCUAAUGUGACUGCUCUGUUCAGCACUUGGCUCUCCCAUACUGAAGACUAAGGACCAAGCCUGUCACAGGCUCCUGUAGCUGGGCUUCUGCCAAAAUAACUGACCAGCUUGUUGGAAGAUGACUUUUAUUCCUGGUUGAAGCUGCUGUUCGUAAAAUAAGAAGAAAAAGAAUGUGGAAGAAUUCAGGCCUCUGCUACCUUUUAGCACUAGCUGUUUUAUGUUUAAGAAGCUUAACACAUAGCCAAGAGAUAGGUUCCCUAGGGCACCCCAAGAAUUUGCGAUGUGUAACACACAAUUUACAGAAAAUGAUCUGUGCUUGGGAUGUCUCUUUUAAAGGACGACAUGGACAAACUGACUUUUGCUACACUACAGAUGACUUUCCCCUUCCAGUAUGUUUUAAAACUAAGGAGAAAAGGAUUGAGAUUGCAGUUCCAGAAAGCUCCACCACAGUGACAAUAACCACAAACAGCAUUUCUGGAACUACUCUUGCUACCAAAGGGUUUGAUAUUCACAAGAAAGACAUCUCAUUUGUUCCUCUUACUCCACGCAUUCUUAGUUUAACACCUGACUUUUCAACUUCCACAUUAAAUCUGAAGUGGAGUGAUAGUGGAUCAGUCUUCCCAUCUGGACUGGAUGCCUUUUGGCAGAUUCAGAUACUUCGUAAAGAAGCAAUGGAAAAAGUCACACAAGUAACUUACUAUUCAAAACUGACUCAUGAAGACACCAUCCUUUCUUGGAACUGGACAUCAGAUAUGCCUUUGGAGUGCACAUCACACUAUGUGAAGAUUCGAUGUUACAUUAAUGUCACACAGUUUGCUGGCCCCAAGGAUUGGAGUGACUGGAGCCCAGUAGAGGAGGUCCCUGGAAAAGAUACUGAGCCAGAUGGAAGUGGAGUGUUUCCUCAGGACACUGUGGUGGCAGUAGGUUCAGAUGUGACCAUUUGUUGUGUCCAUGAAGAAGGACAGCAGAUACAACGGAUGACUUAUGGACCAGAAAUUUACCCAUUGCUACAUCUGAGCAGUCGGAGCAGUGCAAUCAGAGUGCUAAAUGCCAGUGCUUCAGAUGCCAGUGGGACAAAUGUAGUGUGCACACUGUCUGAAACUGAAAUGGAUGGAACUGUCUUGUUUGUAGGAUAUGCCCCUGAUAUUCCCCAAAAUCUCAGCUGUGAAACAUCCAACUUCCUGAUAAUAGUAUGUACCUGGAAACCAGGCAGACCCAGUGGAUUGUAUGGAAAACGAAGAACAAAGUAUAGUUUAUUUGAAAGAAUAUCUGGUAAAAAUGUUUCAUGUGAAGUCAAUGAAAUGAACAGAGAGCGUGUCUGUGGCUUUCCAGUACUGCCUGAUCAAAAAACAUAUAAUUUCACACUGGGCGUCUCCAAUCCUAUCGGGCAAACAGAAUCAUCAAUUUUGGUUGAUUUAACUCAAAGAGUUCGUCCAAAAACUCCAGAAAAGGUAACUGUUUCUGGGAACAGCUCUACAAGUGUCCAUCUGCGCUGGUUUAUAAAUGGCAGCUUUGCUGAGCUCAGGCUUCUGUGUCAAAUUGAAAUUAGCAGUGGUCACUCUGAGCAAAAACUGCACAAUGUCUCCAUUCCUGGUGGAAAAUAUUCAAUUUACACAGCUCACCUGAACAUGUUGCACCCAUAUACAAAAUACCAGUUCAGGGUGCGCUGUUCGACCGCUGACCACUUCUGGAAGUGGAGUGACUGGAGCAGGGUGGAGGAGCACACAACAUGGGAAGCCCCUCCUGCAAGAGGACCAGAUAUCUGGAGAGAGAGAAGUCCUUCUGGAAAAACUCUAAAAGUCUUCUGGAAGCCCUUAGCCCUUUCUGAAGCCAAUGGAAAAAUAGUGUCUCAUGAAGUGUCCUGCUACAUGCUAGAGACACCACUGGAGUAUAAGGAAGUCACUGAACCUUCAAACAGUACAGAGAUAAAACUUGGAAAAAAUGACUGUGUAAUUACUGUUGUAGCCAAAAACCAUGCAGGUUUGUCUCCUCCUUCAAGGAUAACAAGCGUGGAACUUCCAAAUGACAAUGUCAAAACAGAUCGGGCCGUGGCAAUGGGGAAUGGAAUUUAUAUUUCUUGGAAUUCCUACCCCAAUAUGACCUGUGGCUACAUAGUAAAAUGGUGUCAUUCAUCUGGAUCUGAACCCUGUAGAGUGGACUGGCAGAAAUUUCCUUCUAAUACAACAGAUGCAGUGAUAAAGUCUGCUCUAUUCAGACCUGGUGUGAGAUACAACUUUUCACUAUAUGGCUGCAAAUCCAGUGGAUAUCAGUUACUGAAAAACAUAGCUGGGUAUAUGAAAGAGCUGCCUCCAAAACGUGCACCAAAUUUUACUGUAGAAGAAACUUCUUCAGAUUCCAUAUUGGUGAAGUGGGAAGACAUACCUAUUGAGGAUUGUCAGGGGUUUUUAGAGGGAUAUCGGCUUUCCUUUGCAAAAGGUGAAAAAGAUGCUUUAAAGCCUAGGCUUUCAGAAUCAGGGAAUCCAGAACUCAAGGUUAAGAAUAUCACUGAUUUGUCCAAGAAGUCUUUGAAAAUACUUGAUCUUCAAGGAAAAACAAGCUACCAGCUGGACCUACAAGCCUAUACUGCUGGUGGGUUGAGCCCUCCAAACAGCCUCUAUGUGGUGACAAAGGAAGACUCUGUAGGAUUAAUCAUUGCAAUUCUCAUCCCUGUGGCAGUGGUUGUACUGCUUGGAGUGAUGGCCAGCAUCUUCUGCUACCGAAAGAGGGAAUGGAUUAAAGAAACAUUUUAUCCAGAGAUUCCAAAUCCUGAGAACAGUAAAGCACUGCAGUUUCAGAAGAACAUUUGUGAGGGGAAUAAGGCACUUAAAACACUGGAAAUGAAUCCCUGCACACCCAAUAGUGUUGAAGUGGUGGAAACACAGUCUGCAGCUCCCAAGAUUGAAGACACAGAGAUGAUGUCCCCAGCAGCAGACACCACUGUGCUUACAGAUGGCUCUGACUCAGAAACGGAGAACCACGUAGUUGUGUCCUACUGCCCCCCUAUCAUUGAAGAGGAGAUCUCAAAUACCCCUAUGGAUGAAUCUGUGGGGUCAUCUCAGGUGGUUUACAUUGACAUCCAGUCAAUGUAUCAGCCUCAAAUUAAACCAGAGGAGGAACGAGAAAUAGACUUAGUGACUACAGCAGGCUAUAAGCCACAAAUGCAGCUGCCUAUCAGUGCUCUGAAAAUGGAGAGUCGCUCACCUGCAGAGGAAGAAUUGGAUAAAAGUGCAGGUUACAGACCUCAAGCAAACACUAACACCUGGAACAUGGACACUCCAGACUCUCCUGGCUCUGUUGAAAGCAACAAUGAAAAUGCAUCUUUUGGGAGCCCAUGUUCUAUUAAUUCCCGACAGUUUCUGCUUCCCCCAAAAGAUGAAGACUCUCCUAAACCCAGUAACAUAGGGUGGUCCUUCACACACUUUUUCCAGAACAAACCAAAUGAUUAACAGUGAGUCCUUGUUGCACCUGAACCUGCCUUCCUAUUAAGAAUAAAUAAGAAUAAGCUCUUAUUCCAGGUGUUUUAAACAAAGGAAGAAGAAAAGUACAGAAGGCAUGAAUUAUUCUUGGAGACAGUCAGCAGAGGUUCUAAUGAGCUGAAUGUUAACCUUUAAAUUAGUGGAAGUGUUGAUGUUCCAUUUUAAUAGAGGCCAAGAGGCCAACAUCAUAGCAAUUUAGUUAUUACUCUAGUAAAAUAUAUUUGAUAUAAAGGACAUUGAGUUUAGAGCUCCUUAUAAUCAUAGUAAAAGAACUCUGCCUUCCUUCACAUAGUACUCCAAGAUUAAUGUGGUCUCAUGCAACUUAACUUGGAAAGACAGCUUCGCUUUGCUGUAGUUGUUCUCAAAUGUGCAAACUCAAAUGAUAUAGUCCAAACAGGUUUCCUUACUGAAGGUUUUGUUUAUCACUAAACCUCAGCCUAACACAUGGAAACGAUGUGGCUGGAAACUUGAGAUCUUUUAUCUAGUUAUAAAUAAGAAGUUAGAGGGCUUUUUUUUUUUUUUUUCUCCCUUACAGAAGGGUAUUGUCACUGUUUAACAUUUCUGAAGCAAUGACCAUUCAAAUCUUUUGCUUUUUAACUAGACACUAGUUUCUGUACCUACUGUAUAAUGUUUAUUCAAUGUUUGACUCAGGGGUACAAACUUGGGGAAAAAAGUGUGACACUGAUUUAAACCUCAACAAGAACUGCAAAAAGCUUAAUUUUUUUUAAUUAUUGUUAUUUUAAAAAACUUAAAAUGCUCUAAUGGUCUAUUUUUUCUAUCCUUUGAUUAUGGAGGUAAUCUUUCCUAAUGUAUUGCACUAAUGCAUUUUUGUAUAUUUCAUAGCUUUAGCUUCAGCUCUUCUUCUUCAAAGUGGUACAGUACUCCAUUCACCCCCAGUGUUUGGCAGUCUUUGCACUAUACAGUAAUGUAAGCCUAGGGGAAAUCUCUGUCUACUAGCAUUAGCUAUCCAGGCAUAUCCUGGCAUGUGAAAUUAGAGUAGUAGUACUAUCUCCUUGUGAACAAAUAGCUCUUUGAAUGGUAUUAGCUUUGCCCUCUGGCUGUUCUCCAGUGUCUACCCAACAAGACCUUCUGUACAACUCCUACCGUGGAGUAGAAGGGGGGAUUUCUCUAGUGGCACAGGGAAACCCAAGGAGGUUUUAGUGCCUCUAAUUCUACCUCUCCUUUACCAGAUAUGUAAUGGAAAGGAAGCAUAAAUGAUGUACAUUUGUGUGCUUAAAUGGAGUAUUCAGAACAAUUGUCUUUGAAAAUGCUUGUUUUUAAAUAUGCAUCUCUAGGCAGCUUUAAUUGUAACAUUUCACUGUGUAAACUUCAGACUGCGGCACAGGAAUUUCACUAGUUUACAGGAGCAAGUGCUUUCUAAUUUACCUGUUCCUUAAUGUAAAACAGUGGCCAGAGGCCAGGUGUUUAAGGGUAUUGAUCAAAAAUGGUCUCCAUGAAGUCCUAAUUGCAUCUUUUUUUCUUUUUUUUUCUUUUUUUUUUUAAGAGCUCAGUUUCCUUAGCUAGUAUGUGGGUUUUUUUGGAUAAAUAAGAUAGGUAGACCAGUUUUCAAAGCAAGAUCGCAAAACCCAUAAGGAGUUGUGGACAACCCACAGCUCCAUAAGGUCUAAGCUAGUAGUGUUACAACUAGAAGAAGAGGAGGGUAUCUAGCUUAACAGACAUCUCUUCUCCAACCAUGUGAUCUGGGCAUCCAAAUAAAGCCAAUCAUUAGGUUAACCCUGAUUGCAGCAGGGAAUGGUGCAGUUUCAGAUACUGGUAUAUUUCUGCCAUCUCCACUGAACAAAAAUGCAGAGGGAUUUCAAAAUUGACAAAACGGCAAAACACUAAAUAACAUCUAAAUUAUCACUGGUGACAACUGCCUGUAUGUGCCUUCUAGAAGAGUGAAAUGUGAAGACAGUAAAAAUAGAUCUGUCUGCAGAUCUGACAGUGCAAGCUGUAUCUGAAAGAAGAGAAGGUACAGACUGGAUUCUGCUUUUGAGGUUGAAUCUGGGAAUUAGUAGAACUGUGAGUGAGUGAAAAGACAGACAGUGGAAAGAGAUUGUGUCCAUAUGUCAUUAGACAUCACUGUAAGAUAAAGUUUCAUGCCUAAUUUGUUACUGCUUAUUAUUCAGAACAUUAAUACAUGAAAGGAGGCAGUUCUGCCUUUGUGCUUAGUAUUUGGGAGGCGGCUGUAUCCUAAUAGUAACAAUCUUUUCUCAUAAUAUCUCUUUUAGAGCAGCUUUCUUUUCACUAAUGCAGAUUUGGCUUAAUGUGUUUAUCUCCUAAGAUGAAUUUUUAGGUUGUGCUGCAAUAUGCUUUUAAUUGAAAGCAGAAGAGGUCAAGGACAGAGUGUAUGGUUAGCGCUUUGGAUUUUUUAUGGAGCAGUUUCUCAGUGCAGAGGACCAAUCAUUAUAUUAGGGUGAUCCAAACAAAAGCAAAACAAAACAAAAAAACAACAACAAACACCUCUGUAGUGGAACAGGGCAUUGUGAAGAGUAACAGUGCUUUCAUGUGGCUGUGUAUUAUAAGAAAGCAAACCUAAGUUUGAGAGUACUAGCAAUUUUUAAUUUGCAUGCUGGAAGCCAGGGCAGCUGUAGACAAUAUACAGGGCUCGUAGGCAGCAUCCUAACACCCUUUGCAGUGCUCCUGCAGUAAAUCACAUAAACACAACCAGCACAUACUCAGGUUUUCCUUUGUGCUGCUCUUCCUGUACAGUAAAGGCAACAGCAUUACAAAUUGUUUAAUUUCUUAGUGAAUAGGUAGGGGAAAGUACCAUAAAUACAGGGACUGUUGAUACUAUCAAAGCACUCUCAUCUAGUCAUCCACCUCUCUUGUUUUUUUAAACUUUGACUAUAGAUUUUAUUUGACUGGUGUUCUGACUUCCAAGGUGCAAGACAGAAGAGUUCUAUCAAUAGCAAUGGCUUACUAUUCACCUUAUUUUCUAUGAGCAGCAUGAUAGUGGGGCCAGUGAGGGAGAGACGUGGGCUUUUGCCACAUAUGGAGCAUUGCUUACUGUCGGUAAUGGUUACAAUGGGGUAAGCAAUUUCCAUUCCAGCCCUAUAAAGCUCAGCUGCUCCACCCCUGAGGUUUCCCUUGAGCCUAGUCAGCCCUGGCAGUGAGGACUUCUUCCAAAUGCCUAUCUAAAACCUCCGGCAGCAAAUCCAGAUACCAGGUAUGUAGUGAGAUGUGCUAGUUAAGUGAUCUUGUGAGGAAACUCCUAGGUGCAUGGAGCAGCAGCAAGGAGGAGCUGACAAGGACUGCCAGGGAAUGGACUUGCUUUCUGAGCCCAAGUGCCAUGUUACCAGUGGACCAUCUUGAUAACAAUUGUAAGAUUAAAACUUAGGGCUUCACAGGGGAUCAGACUUCUUAUUGUCGUGCCUUCAGGCUUCCUAGUGAGCCUCUUCAGUCAGGAAGAAACUCUUCAGUUUAGGAAACUUAGAGUACAUAAUUUUCUGAAAGAUUUUAUCCCUUAAUGGAAUACCUAUUUUAUUUUACUCCUUUUGUCUUUUUGCUUUUUUUUUUU